GUCGCCACAACACUCGACGUCCUCCAAACCCCUCAAGAACACGCCAAUCCUCAACAAUGGGUCUUCAAGAAUUCCAGGUCGUCGGCCGCCACUUGCCCACCGAGGCAGACCCUACCCCCAAAAUCUACCGCAUGCGCAUCUUUGCGCCCAACGAGGUCGUUGCCAAGUCGCGCUUCUGGUACUUCCUUAGGCAACUCAAAAAGGUCAAGAAGGCCAAUGGCGAGAUCAUUGGUGUGAACGUUAUCCAGGAGAGGAAGCCUCUGAAAGUCAAGAACUUUGGCAUCUGGCUCCGAUACGACUCGCGCUCAGGUACCCAUAACAUGUACAAGGAGUUCAGGGAGCUCUCGCGCGCUGCGGCUGUUAAGAGCUUGUACCAGGACAUGGCUGCCAGACAUCGUGCCCGCUUCAGGUCGAUCCACGUCCUCCGUGUUGUUGAGAUCGAGAAAUCCGAGGACAUCCGCCGCCCUUAUAUCAAGCAGCUCCUCACCCCCAAGCUCAGGUUCCCCCUCCCUCACCGUGUCACCAAGAUCCGCUCGACCUUUGUGGCCAACCGCCCUUCGACCUUCUAAGGAGUUUUCGCAGCGGUUUGGAUGGAAAUGGGAUGACUUAUCUGAGGGUGCGCUCGACAUCCAUUAUGCGAGUACUUAUUAUACGUUCUGUUUGCAAACAUAUGAUAUGACCCUUCAUGCCUCU